AUGAAAGGACGUAAGAGUUCUGCAUCAAAAUUUGAUAGAAAGGAGUUUGAUUAGAGAACAUUAAGUGCUGCAGUAAAUUUGAUUGUUUAUGGUUGUCAUGUCCAAAAAUAUAAUAAAUCAAAUAGAAAACCGAUAUCUAGAUUAUAUUAUUUAUAUGAAGAAGACAUGGAUUAUUUAUAAUACUUACACUCAGGCAGACCAUUUGCAUAAUGUAGAAUACCAUUAUUAGAUAUUAUUGAAUUAAGAGAAAUACCAACAACAGAGUCAUUCUAAAAUUUACCUUAUCAAAGAACUCUCUAAAUAACAUUUGCGAGUAAAAAGCAUACAAUUUUAUUUAAUACAAAGAAUGAAAGGGAUCUAUUUUGGCAAGGUUUAUAAUAUUUUAUUGAUGUGGCAGAACAUAAUUUGAUAAGAGAUAUAAAAAGCACAAAUGAUAAUCCAAUAGUUGAAUAAAUCACCUUAAAAUAAAUUAAAGGAAUGUUACCAUAAUUAUCUAUCACAAAAUAAGAAGUAUUAUAUCAUAAUGUAUUUUUAGCUAAAAAGUCUGUUUAAUCAAUAUGAUUUGGAAAGAAGAGGAUUCAUUUCUAGUUCCGAUUAUCAAGAUUUACUAAAGAGAUUGAUGAAUCAAGAUUUCGUACGAUUUCUAUUCGAUAGAUAUGCAGUGUAAUAAAUGAACAAAUAAGAAUUUAUUAAAUUCUUAACAAAUGAAUAAUCUCCAUAUCAAAAAUAAUGUGAAGACGCAUUUAGAUUGUUUGCCAAAUAAGAUGGAAACAACUUUUCAUUAUCUUUCUUAGAAUUCUUAAAUUAUCUUCUAAGUACUUACAAUUAAUUGUUUGAUUAUCAAAAAACAUAAAUCUAUUAAUCUGAAGAUUAUCCUUUGACUGAUUAUUGGAUUAAUUCUUCUCAUAAUACCUAUCUAAUGGGAGAUUAAUUGACAAGUGAAAGUUCUAUUCAAGCUUAUAUAAAUGCUUUUCAAAAGGGUUGUCGAUGUGUAGAAUUGGAUUGUUGGGAUGGAGAUAAUAAUCAACCAAUUAUUUAUCAUGGUUUCACAAUGACUUCAAAAAUAUCAUUUGAAUCUGUAAUAUAAACAAUAAAGGAAUAUGGUUUUAAAUAUUCUAAAUAUCCAUUAAUACUUUCCCUUGAAGUUCAUUGUUGUGUUAAGUAGUAAGAUGUUAUGGCAGACAUUUUAAAAACAUAUUUAAAUGAAAAUCUCUUACUUUUACCAGACGAUUACAAGUCUUCAGAAUACUAUCCAAAAUUAAAUAAGCUUUAUUACACAGUAAUUAUAAAACAUAGAGGUAAGAUGAAAUCAAGUUUAUAAUAUCGAGAAAGAUUUAUAUCAAUAACUCCAAUUAAUAUAAUUCAACCUAAUUUUGAUGAUUCUGAAAGUCCUGACAUUAUUAAAAGACCUAGUCUAUCUAUAUAACCUGAUUAAUAAUAAUUAAAUACACCAACUACUUUGAAACCAAGAUCUUAAAAGUCAUUUAAGAGACAAGAUCAUGGAUUACCUAUGCAAUAAUUUAGAAAUACUAUUAAUCCUUUUUAAAUAGAAGAAGAGAUGAAACCAAAUAAAAUAAUCCAUAAAACAAAAACAGAAACUACACUAAGACCUAAAUACAAAAUCUCAAAUAUUGAAACUCAAUUUAAAUUUGAUGCACCUAAUCCAAGAUGUCAAAUUGUGCAAACACCUUUAAAAGUUGAUUCUGAUGAAGAUAUCUCUAUAGACAAAGCUAAAAAAGAGAAAGCAGAAAGUCUCAAGAUGAGUUCAAUAACAGCUUUAUUUGGAGCAGCAAUUAAAUAAUAAAACAGAACAGUUUGGGAAAUAUCUUCUUUAGAUGAAAGCAAAGUUAAUGAAAAUUUACUAGAUUUUCAUAGAAGGUACUUUACUAGAAUAUAUCCAUCUGGUUCAAGAGUAGAUUCUAGUAAUUAUGAUCCUAUUCAAGCUUUUAAUAGUGGUUCAUAAAUAGUGGCACUUAAUUUUCAAACUAAUGAUAUGCCUAUGUUACUCAAUAUGUGUAAAUUUAUGGAAAAUGGAGGGAUUGAAUCAGGUUAUGUAUUGAAACCAUAAUGGAUGAGAUCAGAUGGAAAAAAAAAAAUAAGUGAAUUUACUUCUAUUUAAUUAUCCUUCACUCUUAGUUUAUUAGUUGGCUAUAAUCUUAGAUAAUUGAAUGUAUUAUAUUUUUCUUUAUUGUAAGAAUUAAAAUGCAAAGGUAAACCCUUAAAUUAAAAUUUCAAUUCGAGGUCUAUAAUAGGAUGAAUAAAAUAACAAACCACAGAUUGCAACCAUCUCAUAAAGUGGAUUAAAUCCUUAAUUUAAUUUUAUCUAUAAAUACAAUAUAAGAUGCCCAGACUUGGCAUUUUUGAUAUUUGAGGUACUCGAUGCCAAUAAGGACUUCUUAGGAUGGAGUGCCAUACCUCUCUCAUGUAUGUCUUUUGGUUAUAGGGCUGUUUAAUUACUAAGUUAAUACUUGAAGCCUUUACCAAAGAGUUGCCUCCUUGUACACGUUCAAAAAAAUAAUGACUGA